UGAACACCCACCUGUGGGCAAUGCUUAUCCCAGCACUUGCUUUUCCCACUUUUAGCAGCUUGGUGAGGAAAGAAUUAUUCCUCAUCCUAUGAGAGGAUCCCAGAGGUGGUGCAUGAACCCAACAGCAACUCAGCAGGGAUUCAAAUGCAGGCCUGCCCGGGCUUACUCUCACUGCCAAGGCUCCUGACCAUUCAUCCAAAUAGCUCUCCCUUCCCUGAAGGACAGUGUGACUUCCUUGUUACGUCACCGGCUCAGUCACAAUUGGUUUGAGAGCAGAGCAUGGCCCAGCCCACCAGCUCCCCAGGGCAGCCCUGCCAGCCCAGCUCAGGCUGGCCCGGCGUGGCCUCACACGCACCAUGAAGUACCCUCUGGUGCCGCUGGUGAACGACCUCACGUUCUCUUUCCUGGUCUUCUGGCUCGGCCUGCCCGUGGCCUUGCUGUUGUUCUUGUUGAUCGUCUGGUUUCGCUUCUUACUUAGCCAAGAGUCAGAGGAAAAUGAGUCAGAUUUGUGCUUUGAUUGGGAGCCAUGGAGCAAAGACCCAGCCGAGUGGGACAGUACAUUCCAGAGCCAAGAGGAGGAGAGCCCCAGCCACUCGGUUUUCCUGGAAUCCGCUGGGCAGUGGCAACGGCCGGAGUGGACGGGAGAGACUCGCCAGGGAAGGGAGAGGACUUCAGCGGCUGAGGUGUUUUUCUGGGGUGCCCGCCUCGGUCCCUCCAGCAUCUCCGGAGGCCCCCCCAAGCUGUGAAGACGGUAUAAGCAGUCACAUGGGGAGAAGUUGGCCACAUGAAUUGAGAGAGGUCGCCGGGCAGGGCUGGGCCUGAGCGUGUGGGUCCAUAUUAAAGGCAACAGGGGCUGCCUGAGCUCAGGAGACCCUGGCGCGUCCUGGGCCUGACCAAGUCCAUGUCCAUUCAUUCAUGAGCUGUGGGGCCUGGGCCAGCCCUGGCCCUCACCUGGGCCUUCUGACUCCGUUUGGGAACCCAGACCCUGCUUCCCGUCUGUUCAAAGGGCUGAGGGGUCUUGCUCUGAGCCUCCACUGUCUCAUUUCAGACUCAGUCCUCAAUUAGCCUUAGUCUUCCAGCUGAUUUUAACCACGUGGACUUUAUAAAUACCUGCACCUGGCUCCUUUAAGAAGAGCUCACAUUUAAUGAGGGCUUACUGCGUCCCAGGCACUCUUCUGUGUACUUCCCACACACUGCCAUUUUUAACCCUGACGAGGACUCUAUCAGGCGGGGUCUUUGAUUAUCUCUGUUUCACAGAUGGGGAAACUGAGGCACGGAGCAGUCAAGUAACUUGUUGAAUGGCAAUGGUGGAGUUGGGGUGUGAACCUAAGCCCUGUGGCUCCAGAGCCGGCCCUGGCCCACUGGGCCGAUGGUUUGCCAGGUUGGAGUGUUGGGGGCAGUCAUGGGGAGGCACCUGGGAGAAACCCCAAUCUGUCCUUGUACCCACACCGGCCCCCCAGAGGCAGCAGGGUUGUAGAAGGGACAGGCCCUCCCGAGUCUCAGCAGGUGUCACCUUUGUCCCCUCUUUCCCUCUCGUCACGCAUUCCAUCACCCCCGCAGGCAGAGAAUGAGCCUGGAUUAUUGGCUGGGCUCCCAGAGUUGGGUCUCCCUGCUCUGCCCUUGCUGCCCAUUAGUCUGAACGAUCCAUCCAAAGCACAGAUGCAGACACGCCGUCCCCCUGCGUAGGGCCCUCUGUAGCUCCCUACGGCUCUGGCUACAGCCCGGCUCCUCGUGUGGUGGGAGCUGCCCUCGGACCCGAGCCCAGCGCGUGUGCUGGUGAGGUGUGUGCUCCCCAACAGGCUGCUGUGAACGCCCUUGGACUUCCCUCUGCACACGAGUGUGCUGCUGUCUGUGGGGUAAAUCCUGAAACGUGGGCUUGUUGAAUAUGUCUGUGCCUUCACAGUUUGCGGAUAUUGUGAAAUUGUCUUACAAAAGGUGGCACCGAAAGUGCGUACAAAAGUGCCUGUUUCUCCUGGCCUCUGGCCCACUGUACACCUCCCAGGUCAGCAGUCGCCAACCCGUGGCCCACAGACCACUGGUGGCCUGUGAGGUCGGAAAGUUGGUGACCGCUGCCCUAAAUAACACCCUCCCACCCCCCCACACCUCCGCACACUCACCCCUACACACACUUGCAUACACUCUCACACACACACAUACACACACACACACUCUCUCACACAAACACACACACU